UCCAUUGGGUUGAGACCCCCACUCCAAUUCGAGAUCGACAUCUCUCUCUCUCUCUCUCUCUCGACUCACAUACACAUCAAACCUUAGUGGUACAACGCUCCAUCUCUCUCAUUUUUUUUCCUUGGCUGGUUUUCUGGCCUUUUUUUCCUUCUUCCUCGUUCUUUCUGUUCAGGCUCUACAAUGGCCGCUUUACUUCUCCUUGUGCUUCUUCUGGCCAUAAGUGGUGGUUCUGAUGCUGCUUGGUGUGUUUGUAAGUCUGAUCAGAGCGACCCUGCUUUACAAAAGACCAUAGACUAUGCUUGUGGAGCUGGGGCUGACUGCACCGCUAUCCUCCAGAAUGGGGCAUGCUAUAAUCCUAACACAGUGCUUGCACACUGCUCUUAUGCUGCCAAUAGCUACUACCAGAGGAAAGGCCAGGCUGAUGGGUCCUGUGACUUCUCUGGCACUGCCACCCUCACCAACUCAGACCCUGGUGGAAAUGGUUGCACUUAUCCUGCAACUACCAGUGCUGCAGGAACCUCAAGCACUCCUACCGGCACAAACACCGCAGGCUCAUCUACUACAACUGGUACCACCUCCUCAACUGGGACCGGGGGAGGAGUGCUGGGACUAGGUCCCACAGGCACAAGCAGCAUGGAUGGCAAUGAUGGUGGCUUGCUUCCAAAGGCUAAAAUGGCCUCACUCCUCUCAGCCAUCCUCCUCUCUGUUCUUGCUUUCUUGAGGAUUUGAUUCGUUUAUACCAGUGCUCUUUUGGUUGGGUGGUGGAUUGGGGUAUCCAUCUAGACAUAUUCCCCACACUAAGCUUGCUGUUUAGUCUCUGGAAGGGGCUUUUGAUAUCUUUUGGGGUGUAGAUUGGUGGGAUGGAAGUCUCUUUCUUUUAUGGAGCUUUGUCCUUGUAUUUCUUUUUGUAAAUCUAGGGAGGUACUAAUUUGUUUAUUUUUGGGAAUGGUUUCAUUUAAUUUUUAGGCAUAUCUGUGUGUGAGUUGUCAUGCA